AUGAAACUAAGUUGGCUGCGACUAAAGACUAAUUGUUUACAUUUUGCCGGCAAACCUAAGAAGGGAAUUCGGCUUGUAAUAGCCAUGAAUCUGUUCGAGGAGCUGGACACCUUGGACCCGUCAUCGAAACUGGAGCCUCCCCGCAUCGAAACACCCACGGCUCACAAGAUAACUGUGUUGAUUCUGCUCAAACAAUAUGUUAUUAAUAAGAAGUCCUGUUUGGAUUCUGGCAUAUCUAUGCGCACCCAUCGGCGCCGAAUGUUCUAUAUGCUGGUUUUCAAGCUCGUCCAGGAGGCUGAUAAGACCUACAAUGAGUUGCACAGUUUGCUAACCACAGGAAAAUACAAACUGGACACCCUCAUGUUGGAAUCCUUCGAAAAAGCCAUGUCUGAGUUCUGUGCGGGCAGCAUUGAAGCCCUGUUUGACUUUACGGAGAUUCAAAACAUCGACGAGAUCCUAAACGAAAACUAUGGAAUCAGCCAGUUCAGCAUGGUGGGAGUUUAUGUCCGAAGAGUAGGUGUCGUCCUUGAGCGCCUAAGUUUCCCAGAAAUGAUGGAUAUGUACAAGAAUAUAUGCUCCUACUACGAAAAAGGAGUUAGAGCUGCUGCCUCUGGUUCCAGAAUGGCAGUAGCUGGCGGUAUUCUUCACAGGGAAGAGACCCCUCCUCCAAAUCCAGUACCGGAAAAGCCGAAAGAUCCUGAAGCAAAGAAAAAGGGUGUCGUAGCUCGAAUUACCCAGGAACGCAAUCCUCUUAGCAAAUGGGCUCCCAAACAGGCAAAGUUCUUCAUCAACAAACAGUCGGAAUUGCUGGAAACCAAUGAGAGAAAGGCUUUGCCACCAUUGGAACUGCAAAAAAAGGUGCAGGAGAUAAUACACGACCUUCCACUUUCAACCACUCCCUAUUUUCUGGGCUACAUGAACCAGUUGAGAGUCAGGGACUACUAUAAUGCACUUUCUGCUCUCCACAGAGCUUUGGACCGUAGUCCCGUGAGACUGAUGAGCCAGGAGAAGGGCUAUCAGUACUUUUGCGUCAAUCUAGCAGUAUUGCAUGCCACAUUUGGUCAUCGUGAUGAAGCUCUGGCGGCGCUCAGGGAAAGUAUAAUGCUGGCCCAGGAACACGGCGAUAAAAGGAGUCUCAAUCUGGCCAAUACUUGGUACUGCCUGCUCAGGGAUGAGCUUCCUCUGUCCACUGUUCAAAAGAGUGUGCAAGAGGCCAACGAAGUAGAUGGCUCCCUGCUGCAGAACUACACUCUGGCUCUCCAUUUCGCUGUAAAGCUUGGCACAGUCGCUGGCUACCAACCCCUGAGACUCUUUGAUCUUCUGCAGCAUAGCGACAAUCUUACUAAUCGCAACAACUUUGCGGACCACGCUUCGGAGGCUCUGGCUUUAAGGAGUGCUGUGUGGUCUGCAUAUGGAAGACACGAACUGGCUGCUUUGUACUCCCAAGUUUUGUUGGCGGCCAGGGAUCGUUUUGGCAACGGAUGUGCGGGAUUGGGAAGCGCUUUGGCCAGCUACGCCCUGUGGCUUCAAUUGCAGGGAGAGUCACAAUUGUCUAAGGUUCUUCUCCACCGUGCGAAGGAGCGUUUUCCGCGGUUGCCCAGUGCCGAGGGCUGGAUGGUGAGUCAGUGCCAUGUCGUCAUUCAGGCGGGCAUUUACCAAUGCCGCUGGCAUGAUGCAUUGAAAGCCUGCGACCAGUUAUAUUUGCUGGAUCCCUCGGACGCCAUAAUGCAAAGGGCCUCCAUCUACGUGGCCAAAAGAGAGUUUUUCAACGCUAGGCGUCUCUUGGACAAGCUGGCUUCCCAGGAUAAUCUGCCCUUCCUUCUAAAAAUGAGGGUUCAGGUUCUGCUUGGCUAUUGUGGCAUGGCGGAUGGCCGCUUUUCAAGUGAAACAACGAUGCUUCUGCUUCGCGUGGCCGAGGACAUGGCUGACUCACAGAUGGACUAUGAGUUGGCAUUGGUGGACCUCCUGCUGGCCCAACAGUUGCUGCUUCUCGGGAUGCCACAGAAGGCCUACCAGGCCAUCAAGCGCUGCAUGCACGAUAUUCACAUAAAUGGUGGCCUCUACGAACGAGCCAAAACGGAUUUUGUGUUCGUUCGCUGCCUGCUAGCCAUCAGUCAAAACAAUGUGGAGCAGAGAAAGGCGCAGCUACUCAAGUCGCUGGAAAUCCUAGAGCGAGCCGCACAGUCCUUCAAGAAGCUUUCUGCUCAUGCCAAAGUUUUGGAUGUGAUGUCUUUCUGGCUCAAAGAUUUAACGAAUUUGGCGAGAGGAACUUGAGAAACAAGUAUGCUGGGGAAUUCCGACGUUACUUCACGGACCAUCCAAUUCCUAGGGAAUAUCUUGGGAGUCCUUAAAUUAAAAUCUCUUAUAAACAACUGCAAAAAACCAAGCAGCAGGUAUGCAAAAUUGAGCUCAGCAUUUCGACUUUUAACUAUUAAUAAACGUAUUUUUAUUAAUUGGUUUAAACCGUA